AUGUUGAACAAUCUCGAUGCCAUCAUCGGCGAUCUAGAUUCCCUUCUACCGAAUGUCCGCAACCACUAUGCAUUCCAAGAUGAGCCGGCGGAAAUUAUUCACGACAGCGAUCAAGAAUCCACGGAUUUUACCAAGGCUGUCUCUUGGGCCCGGUCAAAGAACGGCGCGAACGUCGAUAUAGUAGCGCUCGGUGGUCUAGGUGGCCGCGUUGACCAAGGCAUCAGCCAACUCCAUCACCUGUAUCUCUUCCAGCCGGGACCCCGUUACGAACAGGGCCGAGUCUUCCUCUUGUCGGGCCAGAGCCUGACGUUCCUGUUGAAGCCCGGCAAGCAUGCGAUCCACGUCCGUGACGGCGGCGGCGGCGACGUGUUUGCAAAGCAUGUCGGUAUUGUGCCUCUCGGCGAACCCAGUGUCAUCACGACUCAUGGCCUUGAAUGGGAUGUUGAGAACUGGGAGACACAUCUUGGCGGUCGCAUCAGCACCAGCAAUCACGUGCUGCCAGAGACCAAGACAGUAAUAGUCGAGACGACGAAUCAGGUCAUCUUCACCAUUGCACUUGCGGGGACGGAGUAG